AUGUCACUGAAACUUAAACACCGACUGCACGUUCGGAUGCAGGCAGCGGCGCGCGCCAGUCUCACCAGUCUGCCCUGGGCCGCCGACCGCCACGCACGCUAUGCGCGUACCCAAACCCCGUUGUUGACAAGUGUGUGUUACGGUGAAGUGAGUGCCACAGCGACGGAACAGAAAUCGUCCGACCGUCCAGUCAUCCGUCACUUCAGUAUUCGGCGCUCUGUUGAAAUUGUCGGCAUAUCCAACAAUAGAGCGCGGAGAUGUCGCGUUGGCGCGGCGUCAAUGGCGCCGGCUGAGCACGCUCGGCUAGGCGCCGAUGCGCGCCUGGCUGCUCGUGUGUGCGGCGCUCGCCUUCGCGCCCGAACCGACGUCGGCGACCGCCGCGCACCCGUCUCGCGUCAGAGACGACCAUAUCAAAGGACAGAUACUCGCCAAGGUUGGUACACUAGUCACUAA